GUUGUCAACGGAGUGUUUCGUAUGAGUGAUUACAAAAUUUUAUAUUUUUUUAUCAAUUAUACGUAUAGCAUAUACUAAUUAGAACGUGUGAAAAAUAGUACUUUAAAUUACUGUGGUUAUUUAGUUUGUGAUGGAUCGGAUCAUUUGCUAUCAUUAAGUACAGUGGUUGACAUUGAUGUGUUUACGGAUUGUAAAAUGUGCAUUGAAAUCAAUUUGCACACCCGCAUCACAAUCAUGGUGUGUGUACGGUGACGAGUGCAGCCAACUUAAUUCCGACAUUACUUAACACAAGAUAUUACUUUAUUAGACAUUAACAUGUGACUUUUACUGUGAUGUGACGGUUUACACACCUCAAAGUAAUCAGUGCCUUAGACUUUUUAUACUUGAUAUUGAAUUUUAUACGUAUGCUGUCCAAUGGAUUCUGAAACUGCAACAACCAGUAACAUAAAAUUAAACAAACGAGAGCGCAAAAAUGAAAAGAGAAAGAAAAUUGAGAAAUGCAAAGAGGAGAAGCCUGAUGAAGUGUGUCGAGAGAUGAGCGCGCCGCCGCCGGCGGACGACGACAGCUCGGCCAACUCCACCGACAGCGACGAGCUUGUCAAUGCCAUUAACUACAACACCAUCACGUCGCUGGCCGCGCUCAAGGACAUCAUCCAGGGCGAUAACAACGACACGCCGGAAACUGAUAGCUUUUUUCAGCAUUACUUUAUGAACCAUUGUAAUAAUCUUUCCAGUUUAAAUCCGAAUUCUAGCUCCACCUUUCCUUUUACGGAACGCCGCCGCCUAUCCCAGUGUCGUGAGGAAGAUGAAGAUGACGAGAAAAAAGAACCUGAUUUGGCGCUUUCUUCAUUAUCCUCCGAUAGCGCUUCACAUAGUAGUAUAUUAGGAAAUACGCCAAACAAUCACAAAUCUAGAGAUUUAGUUGACAACACGCAUCACAAUGAUAAAGUAAAUUCGAUUGAAACUUUGUCUGAAAGUCGAGACACCUCGGGAGAAGCAGUUGGUCCGCCAAAACGGACAGUAAUGGGUGCUCGUCAUAAAUUUUUAGUAACGACUACGGAACCUCCGCCGCCUUCUGCCGUCGUAGAAAAAGCGCUCCGAUCACAAGUCCACAAUGCGCAUACCGUACAUUUUGGCACCAAGGGAGCGGAAGAGAUAAGGCCUAGUGUACGUUCUAUUUUCGCUGGCCAGAAUCUCCAUCACGAUAAGAAAUAUUUCGAUAGCAGUCUCAUAGAAAUUAGAUCUACGGUAGAUGAAUCACCAACGAGUUCUGAAGAUAUAUGGGUUAAGAGAAGUGAAGAAAAAGAAAAGGACGAGUCGACGAGUAACACGGGAGAAUCAGUGAAAGAUGGCAAUAUUGUUUCGCCCGCCUCUAUCAGACGAAAAUCACAAAUGCGAGAUCGCUCCGGUACGUGGGGCUCCCAGGGAACUCGAUUUGAGAAAGAACCUACGAAGAAAACGCUAUUUCGCAAAGACAAGGACGUCCGGCGCAGUAGUGACGACAGGCGGCAAAAACGAGAGCAACGGCUGGAUGCGGCGAUCACGCGUAGCACGCAGUCGGUCGGGGAGCGCAAGCGGCGCGGCUCCCACGACGACGGCCAGCCUCACCCCAUGUACCAGCAGACUAUACACGGGACAACCGGGGUGAGCCGUAGGCCAGCACUGUUCGACAUCUUCAAAACGAAGCCCCGCGGCGACAGCAAGAAGCAGCCGUCGAUCAUAAAGCAAGUGAAGGCUGCUGUGCAGAUCAUGACGAAGACUACCCCGACCAAAGACGCGAGUAAACCCGAGGAGGCAAAGACGGAGGCGGGCCCGUCGGCGCCCGGCACGCCCGCGGUCAAGGCGCGCGACGGUUCCGCGCACCCGCACCCCGGCAGCGACACCAGGUACUACCACACCGUGACUGCAUCAGCCACGAGGCGGCCGAGCGCGAUGACCAAGAUGAUGGACAUCUUCCGCGGCCGAGCGUCCGUGCCCGGCCAGGCGGCGCCACUAGAUGGCGCUGAAAAGAAAAAAGCGAGGACGCUACAGCAACAACAACAUUUUGCCGGACAUUUGCGACGCGCGGCAUCGCAGGAGGCCGAGAAGCGAAGAGCGUCGCUCGGCAAUGUCUCCACUCGCCACCGCGCCUCAGACGCCUUCCUCGACCCGCACCACGCGGCUAUACUGUUCCGAGACUCCAGAGGGUUACCAGUUGCAGAUCCCUUUUUGGAAAAAGUCAGUCUUUCAGACUUAGAAGAGGACGAGUCUCAGAUCUUCGUGAAGUUCUUCAAGUUUCAUAAAUGCUACGACCUCAUCCCCACAUCCGCCAAGCUUGUGGUUUUCGACACUCAGUUGCUUGUCAAGAAGGCAUUCUUCGCGCUCGUCUACAACGGCGUCCGCGCGGCGCCGCUGUGGGACUCGCAGAAGCAGAAGUUCAUCGGCAUGCUGACCAUCACGGACUUCAUCAAAAUCCUGCAGAUGUACUACACCAGCCCCGACGUGGCCAUGGAGGAGCUCGAGGAGCACCGCCUCGAGACCUGGAGACAGGUUCUAAAAGGCUCGUCCCUGGUGUCGAUCGGGCCCGAUUCAUCGCUGUACGACGCCAUCCGCAUCCUCAUCUCCAACCGCAUCCACAGGCUCCCGGUCAUCGACCCCGAAACCGGCAACGUGCUCUACAUACUGACACAUAAGAGGAUAUUGAGAUUCCUUUUCCUUUACAUAAAUGAGUUGCCAAAGCCGUCAUAUCUGCAGUGCAAGGUGCGCGAGCUGCAGAUCGGCACGCUGCGCGACAUCGAGACGGCCACGGAGGACACGUCCAUCAUCGACGCGCUCAGCAAGUUCGUCAACCGUCGCGUGUCCGCGCUGCCGCUCGUCGACGCCGAGGGCCGCCUCAAGGACAUCUACGCCAAGUUCGAUGUCAUUAAUUUAGCUGCAGAAAAAACUUACAAUAACUUAGACGUGUCCCUUAAGACGGCAAAUGAACAUCGAAACGAGUGGUUUGAAGGUGUUCAGAAAUGUACGCUGGACGAAACGCUUUACGAGGUCAUGGAAAGGAUAGUGCGGGCCGAGGUGCAUCGUUUAGUAGUCGUAAAUGAGGAGGACAAAGUAGUUGGCAUUAUAUCCCUUUCUGAUUUGCUGAUGUAUCUGGUCCUGAGGCCUACGGGCGAGUGCGGCGGCAGUGGCACGAGUCUACGCAAUGAACACUCUAUAGAAGAACAAGACGAAACCAACGGUCGGGAGCCAAACUGCAAUAAGCCCGCUAACAUCGCUGUGGAGGCGGAAGAAAUGGAGGCCGCCGACGGAGGCGGAGGGGGCGACGGCGAGCCGGCCAGCGCCGACGCGGAGUCGGACGCUGACCUCGACCGCGACCCGGCCCUGGUCGACGGCGACGCCGGACCGGGCAGCAUUCAACGACAGCAUCAGUAAAGCCAUUGUGAUUUAUUUUCAUGUAGUUAGCUUAAGUUUCGUACUGUUAGAGGCAGCGCUUCUGACUGUGAAUGUCGAGCGGUGAUAACUGUUUACAAAACGGUUGUGAUUUGAGGUCAAAUUAAUAUCGAUUGUAUCUAUUUGACAGUUGCUAAUGGUCGUCGCUCAUUUACAUUACUUUUUGAUACAAAUGGUUUACCCCUUAUUAAUAAAAAUGCAUGUGUAUACGAACAAUAUAUAAAUUUAACAAUCAUGAGCGCCUCGUUUAAUCAAUCAACUUUACAAUCCAAAAAAUAUGUCAAAACACAACUAAUUUGUAAAGAUGUAAGUGAACAGACAUAAUAAACUUUACAUAUUUAUUUAUAUAAAUGCAUCACUACAUAACGUAAUUGUAAACAAUAAUGACAAAAUCGGUACAAGGUUUAUUUCAUUUUUACAAAAUAGUCAGUUUCUUUUUACAUUAAAAGAACUAUUGUCAUCGUAACAAAUUGAGUCAACAAUUAAUUAAGCUGUAUUUUUCAGUAGUGAAAUAACUGACGGUCGUUUAUGAAAGUAGAACAGCUGUAGAACGGUAAUUGUGAAUAGUAUUUGUAGAUUGUAACGUUUAUUGAAUAGGCCCAGGUCGCAUCUCUUUUUGAUUAUACAUAUUUGUUAGCUGCAUAUAUUUUUCUGUUAGAUUAUAUUUUUUAGGAAGUAGGGUGGUAUUUAUGUAUAUUCGAUUUCAUUACUGCCCAGAUGCCUCAGCGGGUGUGUCUCCUUUUUCUUAUGUUUAAUUAUUGUCAGUUGGCAUUAUCACCCUCCAGCGCUGACCGGGAGAGCGCUCGCUCGCGACAUGUUGCAUGACAAUAAUAUUUCAAUGUUGUAUAAAGUUGUUCAAAUAAUUUAUUCAAAAUCAAACCGAGUUUUGUACGCGUGCGUGUUUACAUACUCAUACAUGUUUGACAAAAUAAAUUCAUUAGUUUUAGAUGUCAGCAAUGGGCAGUGCAAUGAUAGAAUUUGCUCCACUUUUUGGCCUCCUAGCCAAUCACGCCUUUUGGAUACUGUAGUAGUAAUCUACGAUUUUCUUUAUUUUGAAAUUGCAUAGUGUUUUUGUACAGGUGUUAGGCCAGGAGGAUGUCAUAAAUAGUUUCCAUGAGAAGUUCACUAAAUGGAUACAUAAUUAUAAAGUUUAAUUUCUUCAUAUUGAAUUUAAAUGUAAGAAAACUAUUAGGUUUUAUUAUUACCUACAUUCAAAGACAAAAACUAUUUGUUAGAAUGUUCGUAUUGUGUGCGUGUGAUACAAUCGGAGAUGUUGUGUUUAUGUAUUUCAUUAUUUCAGUUCACACUAUUUACUGAAGCCAAAUACAAUCAACUUAUAAUUAAGAUUUAUAUAUAUUUGAACCACUUAGAAAGCUGACUAGAAUUAACGUUGGUUGCAUUAACCACAAAUGACAAACAUAUACAUGUAACUCACGAGUCAUCCCAUAGAAAACUAUCCAACUUUUCAAGGGCGUCGCCAGCCAAAGGGCUGGGGGAGGCAGUUCUAAUGGCUGAUGGCCAGGGAGGGGGAGGAGCAUACAUAUAGUUAGAAAUGUUGUCCUGGGGGAGGCAGCUGCACCCCCUCCUCGUUCCCCCCUCCUUGGCGACGCCCAUGCCAGUUUUCAUAACUACGAUUAAUUAAAUCGAAGAUUAUAACUAUUACGUACAUGGAACCGCACCGUAGUAGGCCAAGUCUUGCUUCGGGUUCGUUUACUCUCUAGGGGGAGCUCGUAACCUGCGGUUGGCCAUUUACUAGAGUGUAUUAUAGCCGGUCGGUGCGCGCGCGCAACCCGACGCUCACAUGCGAGUCUGUUGUCGACAGCAUUCCCAGACGGAACUCGUUGCUGCAGGAGCCCAUUUGAAAUUUAGUUUUAUUGCCGUUAGCCGUUUACUUGUUGAUCAGACCUUUCAUAUCGUCAAUAUCUUCAGGUUAUCUAUAAUCAUUUGGGAACUGUAAUUAUUUUUAGCGUAGCAAGUUACUAAUCAAUUAAUCAUAUUUCUACCGAAAAAAUAUAUGUCGAUGUUUAUGUAUGGGCGUUUUCAUUGCUUAAACAUGGUAUAGAUGAUAUCAGGAGAGCUAGCACGAAAUAAUCGAAUGAGUGAAUGAUAAUCUCUAUGUGCGCAUUACAAAAUGGUUGAUUAAUUUCUAUCUUAUAACCGCUAUGCAAUGGUGCAAAUUUCGAUAUUUUGUUUUAACCUUUUGACCGCCAAAGACGUCAUAUGACGCGUGCGGCUACAGCCCAAAAUCAACCUUCAUGCGUACCGACAAGGUUCACGAUUACGCGCCGCGUGCGAUAGGCGUGGUGUUCAAAAGGUUAAAAUAAUUAAAUAUAUUAAAAAUUAUUUUUUGACGACGCCAUUUGAAAUAUGAGAUAAAAAAACUGUAUAGGAUAAACUAUCUAUUAUACUUACUUUACUCUUUGCAUGCCUCCAGAAAUCGUCUAUUUUUCCGCUAUGACUUCAUCGCCCGAAAAAAAAUAGCUACACAAACAGUGCAUAUUUUUGUAUCUAUUUGACAGACCCAAUCUGUCAGAAAAUUCUCAUAUUAUGGAUAGUUAAAUAUAUACUUUGUACGUGUUAUUUCGUGACGGUCCACUUUCUUAUUUGCGUUAAUUGGAACUGACCCUAAAAAACAAUGAUGUUGCGAUAUGCUAAACUAAUCAUUACAUGAGUACCUAGUAUUGUUUUCUGGCAGGAACGUCAUGUGGUUAGUUGGGUAAGUUAGCUUCACAUAAUAAUGUCUUCGACAAUCCUACACUUAUCACAGUGGUACACCACUUCAAAAAUGAAUUGUCAAUUUUCUGUUUAAUGUUAAUUGAAUUUAUAAUAUUUUAAAAUUCAAUGGUAGGGUGACAGGCGUCAUCUCUCCAUAUAAUUUAUAAUCUAAAAACCCCAAAUCUCGCAAAAUUAUAUUGACAUGACAUCUGUGGGGUAAAAUUUAAGGGUGUAAUUUCUUAAAACUACUCAUAGGAAUUGUAUCAUGCGAUUGAAAAUAAAAGUAGAUUUUGCAUGUUACAAAUUAUGUGAGUAGAUUUAAUAAAUGCUGGUUUCUAUACCUAUCCACCCCACCGCCCCUAUUCACCCCGGGUGACAGUACUAACUCUGUAAUAUAUUAUGAAUAAAAAAGGUGUGCAAUUAAGUUUGUCUAUAGCAGACACACUCAUCAUUCAUGUUGUUGAAUACAAGUUAAAUUAAUAUUAAAUAACUUAUUGUGUAAUGUUCUAUCAAAUGUGCAGUUUUCAACAUUUUAUUGUGAUAAACCGUAUAAAUCUUCUUCCGAGUGAAGUGUUUCUUAUAAUGCGUACAGUACGAGUAGUAUGCCAGAUACUAGAGGCGUCAUUCAUAAACGCAUUACAAGCCUGAUUUAGCUUUGAAUCGUUUGUCUUUAUCUAUCAUUUUUUAAGCUUUUAUUUAAUUUGCCCUGUGAGUGAAUCUUGAAAUUUUAAUAUUCGUAAUGCGUUUUAACUUACACUAGCUACUAAAACAUGAUAAGCACAUAAUAGGCCUCAAUAAGUCCUUCACUUUUUUUAUAAUUUAUAGCCUGGAGUAUGCAAACAUACAACUAUGUUACCGUCUCUAUAACUAAGUAACUGUAACAGUAACUUUGUUACUUAUAAAAAAAACAUAUGUAAAUAAAAAUAGAUACAAUAUUGUUUACCUUGGUUCCAAGGUGUAGUUAGUGCGGUGCGUUGUUAUACUGAUAUACAAUUUAAAAAAUACAUAAUUUACAAAUAUAAAAAUCAAAUACUUGCUUCUGGGGACAAAAAAGCAGUCAUAAGUAGAAUGACCCUAAAACAUAAUUCAACUAUAUCAGGCUCGUAAAGUUUUAUGAAUAAGGGAGUAGCAGUUUAUAUAUACUAGAGUAAAUUGAGCUAAAAUUUUCUAAGAAUAGGAUAAAGACAGUCAUGGUUUGUCGUGGGCGGCACUUGUCACAAGUAGUGUUGGUUAAGACUCAAGUCCUUUGAAUCCUCUGCUUUAAGACCCGACUCAGUUUUUCAGACUAGUCAUUAAGUUGAAACUCCUUAUCAAGACUUAGUCUUUUGAAAAUACUAGAGCCCUUUAAAGAGAACUCUCAAAUUAUGUACAAAAGUUGUCUGAAAUUGCGAUAUGAUCUCCACAUUAAAUUCAUGGGUCAUGUACAAAGCAUUAAAAAAUACAAUUUGCCUUUGUGUUACUCGUAGAUAAAACCUAUAAUUAUUUGACGAAGUCUUUAUUUUGAAGACUUGAGCCCUUUUAAGUUGCACUUAAAAAACUCAAUGAAGGACUCUACUCGAGACUUAAAAGACUCGGAAGUUUUUAAAGCGCUGAUUUGUAUUUCUGCUAGAAAGUAAAUAAACUGGUUUUUAUUAUUAUUAUUUUACUAUUUGUUAUUUCCAAUAUUAUUUGAGCAAAAGUUAGUUAGUUAUGGAUGAACGAUAAUGCAGAAUAAUAAUAUUAUAAUAAACUUUCGAAUAUGAUUGAUCUUAAGGUAUGGUUUUCCCUUAAUUCUCACUUGCUCUUUGACUGCUAUUAUAUUGCACACAGCUGUUUAUAAAAUAUAUUGGUACGGAAAAAAUUUAAGAGUCGUUACAGUCACAAAACUACUACCUUAAUAUUAGUAAUUGUAAAUGUAAGUAAUAAACAAUUUGUGGUUACGUUAAAAACUUUAGAAAAUAUUAAUUUUUCGGUCACACAGAUCAAAUCAUUGUAACAGGUAUAACUUCAGUUUAAAUUACUACAAAACAUGUGAUUUUCUGUAACGUGUUAAUGAAAUUCAUAAACCAUUUAAAAUGAUAUCAAUAUGGGAGACUUUGUAAAAUGCUUUCGACUAAAUAUACGAAACAUUGAAAUGUCUGUAAUGGUACUCCUUCGGCGCGCUGCAAUUAACGGGAAAAUCAAUAAUUUUGUUACAUACUUUUUAAAAAACCGGCUGAGAGUAUGUCGGGCCAUGCUUAAUGUUCCAUAGUCCGUCACGAUAGGCGGCCUUAAACGGAGGCUAUUAGAAACAAUCAAAAGGGAUCUUGGCAAUAUUUGUACGUAAUGUACGUCUUUUUAGUAAGAAGGAAAGAUUUUGCGAUAACUCAAAAACGUCUUAACCUAUCAUGGUCGCUGUAGUUCACAAUGAAAGUUUAUUACUUAAGCUUUACCAUUACGAUUUUUUUUUUUUUUUUUGGAACCAAGGUUCACGGCACUGGGCGCGGGGUGAUUAUUUCCCCGAAAAUAUCCACUAGCGACCCGUCCCGGCUUCGCGCGGGUUACACAAAAUAUAUACCUAAAGCUUCCUCAAUACGGUCAGUAGUUUUUGAGUUUAUCGCGAACAUACAUACACACAGCCAGACGUGGCGGGGGACUUCGUUUUAUAAAGUGUAGUGAUGAUUGUUGAAGACCCCUACAUAUUUGACAAACCUAUCCAACAACACCCCACACCAUAAGUUUGUAGCAAAAAAAAAUAGCAUUCUCACUUUACGCGAAGGGGAGGUACCCUAGCAAAAAAAACUGGUUAUUAUUUUACCACAUUCUCUGCAUAAUUGAUUUAUACAUCCAUGCCAAAUUGCAGAUUUCUAGCUCUAAAGAUCACUGAGCAAAGCCGUGGACACACAGACGGACAUGGCAAAAUUAUAUGGGUCUCUAGUUGACUACAGAGUUCACUAUAAAUCAAAGUUAAUUGAUUGUAAUAGAGAGGUAAAGUGUAAGAAACAAACGUGCGCCUUAGUUUGACAUCCAAAACAGAUGGCGCUGUACUGCGUCGUCAUGUGUUUUGCGGUCACUCAAUUGUCAAAUGUCAUUUUUUGACAAUCUGAGUUACCGCGAAAUGUAUGGAGCUGUAUAGCGCCAUCUCGUUUAUCCGUCAAAUUCGAAGCGUGAAAUUGUCUUAGAUCUUACGCAUCUUACUCGAUCAAUGUAUCUUUGCUAUAAAUAGACCACCUUGAAGAUAUAUGAAUGUGGUGCAUUGCGCGCACUAUUACAUUUAACAGCACGGUGAAUUAAUAAAAGUGCAUUUUCUUUGCGAAAUUUCUGUUACUGUAAUUGUCUGUACAUAUUAACAUUUUCAACGCCAACGACGGAUAUAUCCGAACCGCAGGUUCAACGCCAACGACGGAUUACACACGUCACAAAGACCAAAGACCACAAAGCAACAUAGACCUACGUGUCGAAAAGGUUAAAUAUGUACUUUUAAUCAUUGAGUUAUUAUUACUUCACAGAGAGACGACGUACCAAACAAUGACAGGGUCGCAAACGCAACCUGUAGUACUUACUGGUUCUCUGUGCCGGUUCUAUAGGUAGUAAUAAUAAUAUUUCAAUGCCUGUAAUAGUUGUAUGCUGUGUGGGGUGUAGGUGUGUAAACAACAUCUAACCGAGCGUUGUACUGGUGGGUUCAGAACAUAUUAUUAGAUUUUUAGGGUUCCGUAGCCAAAUGGCAAAAAACGGAACCCUUAUAGAUUCGUCAUGUCCGUCUGUCUGUCCGAUUCUGUCACAGCCACUUUUUCUUAAUUAUGUUUAAAUGGGGUGCUUAUACUACAGUAUAAUAAAGAGAUGGCCAAGAUCAAAAUGUACCAACAGAUUUUUUAGAAAUAAUUUUACAAAAUAUAGUUGAUUUGUUUUCACCAAUUAUAUCAACAAUAAUAAUAAAGUACCUAUAUCAACAAUCUAUUUUAGUUUUGUAUCAAUAGCAAUCGACUUUAACUAGUGUGAUGAUGGCAGUAGUUAUUAAAUUAGAUAUUUAUUUUGUACCGCGAACUCGGUCGUAGCGUCGCGGCCUGCUCGCGGACAUCCUCACUUGUUCUGCAAGUAUUAUUGAAUGUGUUAUUAAUUUAUGACUAGAUUAAUACGUUGGCAUUUAAGCUUUUUAACGCCAAACACAGAUAAUCAAACUCUAGAAGAUGUACCUGUUAUUGUCGUGUUUAACUCGUGCUAACGUGAAGCUGUAUACAAGAACAACCUUAUAAUAGCCAAAAUAAACAACCAUAUAGGUCAAAUAACGUAUUCGUGGCAAAAAAUAUUUUUUGUGUUUGAAUUGGCGUUUAAAAGAUUAACAUGUCACCAAGUGUUUGUAAACUCGGCGUCUUAUAAUUUAAUUAUUUGUAAAAUCGAAUAACAGAAAAGUAUUUGGCUAAGCGCCGUUAGAUUGCACACGUCCACGUAAAGCCACAGUAGCUGGUACGAGAGGACUCCGAAAUCCUUUAACACUGAUCAAUUAGAGUGCCAGAGUUUAUGCGCACAUGUAUGGAAUUAUUCAUCUUACAAUAAAAUUUGAUUCCAAUA